AUGAGCGAUCUGGCGGCGAUCUGUACCCUGCGGUGGACGCGCUCGCUGUAUGAUUGGUAUAUCGCUGCGUGGGAGGGGCAGGGGCAGCGGCAGCAGCGAUCGCCGCCCAUUCUGCUUGAGGCGGAUGACCUGAUCGAGCGGCCUGAGCUGGCGCGCCACUUCUGCGACCUCGUGGGGUUGGAUUCUACCAGGACAUACCCGCGCGACGCUGAUGGCCUCGUCGAGCAUCAUCACGCAGGGUCAGACUUUCCGGGGCUUUCGGUGGACGGUGAGGUUGUCAAAUGGCGGGCAGACUUUGGGGAUCUCGUUGCGACGACAUUGCUGCACUGGGUGCAGGAGGCUAUGCCGGAUUAUGGGUAUCUCUGGGGCCGGAGGGUCGUCUUGUAG